AUGACAUUAUUUCUCACCUUUCUACUUAUCAUUGAUGAUCUCCGCAAACCUGAUGGCGAAUUCCUCAACUGUGCACGAAUCGGUUUUGCCUACCAACAAUGGCGCCGAUCAAGCGCAAGGGGAACGCCCCCGAAGAAACGGCUACUCGUCAGCCGCAAAAAGCGCGCCAAGGUCGGCGCAGAGGAACCCAAGAAAGAGUCCAAGCCAAAGGAGACCGCUCCGAAAGCUUCGGAGCUCUCUGUUCUACGUGACGACGAGCCUUCCUUCCCUCGUGGAGGUGGCAGCGUCCUAACGCCUCUGGAGCGCAAACAAAUUCAAAUUCAAGCGACCAAGGAUGUUCUAUUCGAACAGAAGAGUUCGAGGAAGCCCGCCCGUGAGGCUAAUAACGACAACGACGAGGACGACGACGAAGACGACGAAAUGGACAUGGAAGAUGCAGACACCAAGACCCCCGCCAAAAAGUCUCGGAAGAAGAAGUCCAAGGGAAAGAAGUCUGAGGAUAAGGGAGAAACUGAGAAACAGGUCCGCAUCGAGGGUCUCAGCUACAAGCGUAUCGUACCCGGAUCUAUGAUUCUUGGCCAAGUCUCAAGCAUCAACGCUCAUGACAUCACUCUUUCGCUGCCCAACAACCUCGUCGGUUAUGUCCCUCUUACAGCUGUCUCUAAAAGCCUCGACGACAGAAUCGAGAAGCUGCUCAGUGAAGAGAAUGACGAUGAAGAUGAGGAUGGCUCCGAUGAUGAUAUUUUUGACCUCAAAGACCACUUCUAUAUUGGCCAGUACCUUCGCGCCUAUGUCGUUUCCACUGGAACCGAAGUCUCUGAGGCUGGCGCCCGCAGCAAGAAGCGCAUUGAAUUGUCAGUCGACCCCAGACAAGCAAACACCGGAAUCUCAAAAUCAGAUCUGGUGGCAGAUCUGGCCGUCCAGGCUUCGGUUGUCAGUGUUGAGGACCAUGGUUUGGUCAUGGAUCUUGGCAUUGAGGGCUCAGAGCUGAAGGGUUUCAUGUCUUCCAAGGAAGUCGACCCCCGCGUGGACUACUCUACCAUCAAGGAGGGCUCGGUUUUCCUUUGCAUGGUUACUGGCCAGAAUGCCAGUGGCAACGUGAUCAAACUCUCUGCCAAACUCCAGUCCGCUGCCUCCAUCAAGAACAACCACUUCCUCAGCGCUGCGCCUACGAUCAACUCAUUCCUCCCUGGUGUUGCUGCUGAGAUUCUUUUAACUGAAGUUACUGCUCACGGCAUGGCUGGAAAGAUCAUGGGAAUGCUCGACACUGUAGUCGACAUUGUCCAAUCUGGCGCCGAUGAUGGAAAACUUGACCUGGAGCGCAAGUUUAAGAUUGGAGCUAAGAUCAAAGGUCGCAUUGUUUCAACAUUUCCCUCUGCUGAGCCAUUCAAGAUUGGUUUCUCAAUGCUGGAUCACGUUUUGAAAUUAUCUUCUGAUGCCGACGGCCCUGGUUCCUCCUCCGACGCCCCGGCCAUCUCUGCCAUCGUCCCUGAGGUCACCGUUGUCAAGGUUGAUCCCGGUAUGGGAGUCUACGUUCAGAUUGGAGAAUCUAAGAGCAUUGGUUUCGUCCACAUCUCUAGACUUUCGGACGGCAAGGUUGAAUCUAUCUCCUCCGACACCGGCUCCUUCAAGGUUGGCUCCACUCACGAAGCUCGAGUUGUCGGCUACAACAUGAUCGACAACCUUUACCUGCUCUCUUUUGAGAAGACAAUUCUUGAGCAGCCUUUCCUUCGCCUAGAGGAUGUUACAGUCGGUGCUAUUGUAAAGGGCAAGGUUGAAAAGCUUUUGAUCGGCCCUACUGGUAUGGAUGGUCUGAUUGUUAGCCUUGCCGACGGUAUUACUGGCCUCGUGCCAUCCAUGCAUUUUGCAGACACACCACUCCAAUUCCCCGAAAAGAAGUUCCGUGAGGGCUUGAAGAUCUCAAGCAGGAUCUUGUCUGUCGACCUUCAGAAGCGCCAGAUUCGCUUGACCCUGAAAAAGAGCUUGCUGAACAGCGAAUCUGCAAUUUGGAAAGACUACAAGGACAUUACCGCCGGGGCCCAGUCCCCUGGUACUAUUGUCAACUUGCAGACUCACGGUGCUGUUGUUCAAUUUUAUGGCACCGUCCGUGGUUUCCUUCCUGUUUCCGAGAUGAGUGAAGCCUACAUCCAGGACCCUGCCCAGCAUUUUCGCCUGGGUCAGGUGGUCAAUGUGCACGCUCUUAGCGUGGACGCCGCUCAGGGACGCCUUGCUGUUUCUUGCAAGGAUCCCUCGACUUUUACUGAGAAGUAUCGCAAGGCCUUUGAGGACAUGAAACCUGGUCUCCUUGUUUCCGGAACCGUCUUUGAGAAGACCAACGAUGAUGCGCUUCUAAAGCUUGAUGACUCUGGCCUUGUCGCCCGCCUUGAUGUCCAGCAUGUCAUCGACGGCUCCCCAUCCAAGCAGACCUCGACCUUGUCUAAAAUCCGUGUUGGCCAGAAGCUGAAUGACCUUCUGGUUGUCGAUAUCCAGCGCGCUCACCGUCUCAUCCGUGUCUCUGGCAGAGCCAGCCUGAAGAAGGCCGCUAAGCAGGGAGCAAUGCCAUGCACUUUCGAAGAUGUCAAGGAGGGCGCCACAGUUACUGGUUUUAUUCGCAACAUCACCCCGGCUGGACUCUUCGCUGAGUUCUUGGGUGGUCUGACCGGUCUUAUCCCUAAACGUCUUAUCGAGGACGCAAAUCUUGCUCAACCUCAGUUUGGAACUUCGAAGGGACAAACAGUCUCGGCGACAGUGCACUCUGUCGACCCUGAUUUCCAGAGAUUCUUUCUGAGCCAAAAGGCCUCAGAGGUCACCCAUGAGGGCCCCAAGAAAACCAAGACUUCUGUCCAAAAUGAUAAUGUCCUUGCCAACCCGGUUGACGAGGGUCUCAAGACUAUCUCCGAUCUGACCUUCGGCCGAGUUGUCAAGUGUAAGGUUGUCUCUGUUAGAUCGACCCAGGUAAAUGUCCAGCUGGCAGACAAUAUUCAGGGACGUAUUGAUGUCUCGGAGAUAUUCGACAAAUGGGAGGACCUCAAGGACCGCAAGCAGCCCCUGCGUUUUUUCAAGGCCAAGCAGGUGCUAUCCGCCAAAAUUCUCGGCGUCCACGAUGCUCGCAACCACAAAUUCCUUCCCAUCUCCCACCGCAGUGGCAAGUACCCUGUGUUCGAGCUUUCUCUGAAGCCCAGCUUCGUCAAGGCUGCCAAUCCCGAGCCUCUCAACAUGGAGCAGGUUAAGGUCGGAUCUUCCUGGAUGGGCUUUGUCAACAACGUUGCUGAUGACUGUCUCUGGAUCAACCUGUCUCCAAAUGUGCGCGGCAGACUGCGCUUUAUUGAUGCGUCGGACGACCUUUCCCUCCUGACAGAUGUCGACAAGAACUUCCCCAUCGGCUCAGCCCUGAAGGUUCAAGUCACUGCCGUCGACGCUGACAGGGGCCACUUGGAUCUUUCUGCUAAGCAGGGCUUUGACAAGCUCUCCUUCGGCGAUGUCUCCGUGGGCAUGAUCCUGCCCGGCCGAGUAACCAAGGUCACUGAGAAGCAGGUGAUCAUGCAACUUGGUGAAGCUCUUGUCGGUGCCGUCAACCUUAUUGACAUGGCCGACGACUAUUCCAAGGCCAACCCUACCGUGCACAACAAGAACGAGGUUCUGCGUGCCUGCGUUAUCGCUGUCGACAAGGCGCACAAAAAGAUCUUCCUGUCUCUCCGUCCUUCCCGUGUUCUCAGCUCCUCGAUGCCCGUGCAGGACCGCGAGAUCUCUUCCAUCGCGCAGCUCAAGCCCAACGAUGUCGUCCGUGGCUUCGUCAAGCGCGUUGCUGAUGCUGGUCUCUUCGUGGGUGUCGGCCAUGAUGUCACUGCCUACGUCCGUGUUUCCGACCUGUCCGACUCUUAUCUCAAGGAGUGGAAGGACUCUUUCCAGCCCGACCAGCUGGUCAAGGGCAAGGUCACCUUUGUUGAUGCGGAGCAGGGCAAGCUGCAGAUGAGCUUGAAGGAUUCCGUCCUUGACCCUAACUACAAGGCCCCGGUCACUCUUCGAGACUUCAAGCUCGGCCAGGUGGUUACUGGUAAGAUCCGUAAGGUUGAGGAAUUCGGUGCUUUUAUCGUCAUUGAUGGCUCUGCCAAUGUCAGCGGUCUCUGCCACCGUAGUGAGAUGGCUGAGAAGCGUGUCGAGGAUGCGCGUACCCUUUAUGAUGAGGGUGAUGCUGUCAAGGCCAAGAUUAUCAAGAUUGACAGCAAGGCUGGUAAGAUCUCGUUCUCGCUCAAGGCUUCUCACUUCCAGAAUGAAGAAGAGGAAGAUGACGACGAGGAUAUGAGCGAUGCUGGUGCUGGCGGUGUCGAGCUUGAAGGUGGUGAGAGCGGUGACGAGGACGAUGACGACGUCUCUAUGGGUGGGGUUGACAUCGAGGAAGAGAGCGAGGAAGAAGAGGAAGAGGACAGUGAUGAUGAUGCGUCCAUGAAGGGCGCUUCUAAGGAGGGUGGCCUUGGUGCUAGCGGCUUCGACUGGAGCGGCAAUUUCCAGGGUGAUAACGAGGCAGCUGAGUCGGACAGCGACGAAGAGGACUCGAAACAGAAAAAGAAGAAGAACCGCAAGCCCGAGAUCCAGGUCGAUCGGACAGGCGAGCUAGAUGCCAACGGCCCGCAGACCGUCGCUGACUACGAGCGACUGCUUCUGGGCGAGCCCGACUCUUCACUACUGUGGCUGCAGUACAUGGCGUUCCAGCUUGAACUUGGCGAGACCGAAAAGGCUCGCACCAUUGCCGAGCGUGCCUUGCACACCAUCACCAUGGGUCAGGACGCCGAGAAGCUGAAUAUCUGGGUCGCGCUGCUGAACUUAGAGAACACCUACGGCGACGACGACAGCUUGGAAGAGAUUUUCAAGCGGGCGUGCCAGUACAAUGACCCCCAAGAGAUCUACGACCGCAUGAUCAGUAUCUACAUCCAAUCCGGAAAGAACGAGAAAGCGGAUGAACUCUUCCAGACUGCCAUGAAGAAGAAGAUCUCUACCCAGUCCCCCAAGUUCUUCCUUAACUACGCCAGCUUCCUGUUCGACACGAUGGCCGCGCCCGAGCGCGCCCGCGCUCUGCUCCCGCGUGCUCUGCAGUCGCUCCCGACGCACACACACGUCGAGACGACUUCCAAGUUUGGUCAGCUGGAGUUCCGCUCCGCCAACGGAGACGCCGAGCGGGGUCGCACUGUUUUCGAAGGCCUGUUGUCCUCGUUCCCCAAGCGCAUUGACCUGUGGAACGUGCUUCUGGAUCUGGAGAUCAAGGCUGGCGACGCGGAUCAGGUCCGCCGCUUGUUUGAGCGGGUGCUGGGAUUGCAGCGCAAGAAGGGUGCUGUCCAGGUGGAUGCCAGCAAGAAGGUCAAGCCUAAGCAGGCGCGCUUCCUAUUCAAGAAGUGGCUCGCUUUUGAGGAGAAGCUGGCGGUCGAGAACAAUGAUGAGAAGAUGGUCGAGGAGAUCAAGGCGCGUGCGGCGGCCUACUUCAUCUCGAUCGCCUGCGGCAUCGUUCUAUCUUUCUUUCCGAACGAAUACGAUCGCGCGGCGCGGUCCUGGAUGCAAGACGACCUCACCCAGCAUGGCGACGACAUCCGCCACUGGCCCACUGAUAUCUCACGCGAUAUCGUUCCUGCGAAUUGCCACUCGCACAACGACUAUUGGCGCCGCAUCCCGCUCUUCUCAGCGCUACAGGCGGGUUGCACCGGAGUCGAGGCCGACGUUUGGCUGUUCGACGACGAACUGUACGUCGGCCACACUACGCAUGCCCUGACGAAACGCCGCACCCUGCGCUCCCUGUAUGUUGACCCGCUGGUCCAGCUGCUUGACCUCCAGAACCCAAUCACUUCUUUCCAGCGAACAGUCGAUCGCCCGCCACACGGCGUCUUCGACACCGACCCGGGCCAGACCCUUAUCCUGCUGAUCGACUUUAAGACUGACGGCGCAACCACUUGGCCCGUUGUCGUCAAGCAUCUGGCCCCGCUGCGUGAGCGUGGCUACCUGACCUAUUUCAACGGCCGUGACCUGAUCCCCGGCCCCGUCACCGUCGUUGGCACGGGCAACACGCCCUUCGAUCUGGUCACCGCGAACACCAGCUACCGGGACAUCUUCUUCGACGCGCCGCUCGAUAAGCUAAUCGGCGACGAAGGACUAGGCCGUGGUCAUGCAUCAGCGUACAAACUCAGCCAGCGCUCCACGGGCCUGGGGCAGGGUCUAUCUGGCAUGCCGGACACGAUCACCGCGAAUACCUUCAAUGUGACGAACAGCUACUAUGCGUCCCGCCGUUGGCUUCCCUGGCCUUUCCACUUCACGUCGCACCAGAUGGAACUGAUCCGCACCCAGAUCCGCGUCGCCCACCGCCAUGGUCUAAAAGUGCGCUAUUGGUCGGUGCCGAGCUGGCCGCGCAGCUUGCGGAAUCAUAUCUGGCGCAUCCUUGUGCAGGAGGGCGUGGAUAUGCUGAACGUGGAUGACCUUGUUGCUGCGACGAAAGGGGACUGGAGGAUUCGAAUCUUGGAUUGGUGGUGGUAA